AUGGGUUCUCAUAUUUGCCAAAACAUUUAAGAGUCAAAAGAAGAUUAAAUAACUCUUCAGAAGAAAAUCUAAGUUAAUAUUUACAAACCUCCUUAAUUACAAAAACCAUAGCCAAUAAUCAAAUUACUGUUUCCAGAAGAAAAUAAUUAGAUUGAAAAAGAACGAAUGAAUUCUUUACCUAAAUAAAAUUCUUCAGACAAUACUCUUACUAAAUAAGAAUUUAACUAAAAUUAAUAAGGUCCUUUAGACAUUAAUUUAACAAAUGCCUUAAAUGAUCAAUUAGAUCUUCAAAAUAAUUCAAGAGAUGAUUCAAAUAGUGGAUUAUAAGAAGGUAAAUUUGUUUAUUAUUUAUUAUAUAUAGUUAAACAUAAAUCUAUUCUUAAAAACAAAGUAAUGGCUGGAUCAAAUUCUUCUAGUUCAAAUAAUGCUUAAAAAGACAAUGAAUCUGUUGGAUCAUAGAGAUCAAUUAAGAAAGUCACUUUCGAUAAAAAAUAAAAAGUUAUCUAUAGUAGUUUUAGAAAACCUAAAACAUGA